AUGCCCAUCCCAAGAUGGGAGUCGGUGAUUGCAAACCUGGUACAACUCCAGGCUCCCAAGGUCCUGCUGCUGCUGUGGACAACCAAUGUUGACUUGACCAUGCAAGUCCAGUUGCUGGAGCUUUUCAGUGGCGAGGUCUACAAGGCCCACUUUUGGCAACAAUGCUUUGGGAGCCCGACGCCGAAGCCAACGUGUGUCUGGUCCAAUUCGACCAUUCUGGUCGAGGGCCUUGAUGCAGCUGGGCACAUAUGCCGUGAUGAUAUGAAGUCCGCCACGGAAUUUCGGGUCUACACCAAAGAGUUUGGCAAGAAGCUUCUCGAGCUCUGGGAGCAGGAGAAGGCAUCGAUGACGCCUCGGCUAUCCAUGCGGCAGAAGGCUGCGAUCCCCCCGGGUGCCACAGAUAAGGAACUGUUCGUUGCGAUGGAGCUAGGGGACACGUGGGCUGAGUCGGAGAUGAUUGAAGUGUGGGCAUAUCUGCUUGCCAACAAGAACCUUUGUGUUCCCGAAUCGUGGCAAAGCACUGUGGAUGCAUUCGAUGCAGAGCUGAAGGAGACAGCUCCUAGUCUUAAAUGGUUUCAGAUCACUACACUACACGCGAGAACAUUCCAGGUCGAUCUGUGCAGUCUUCAGGUGCUUGCUGGAGACCCUCUUCGAGAGGAUCUCUUGGCUGCCCAUGAGGGCAACUGA